AUGCUUAUUCUUGCGGCCGCACCACUUCUCGCAGCCACCAUCUACAUGACGCUCGGUCGCCUUAUUCGCUCUCUCGAUGCUACGCACCACGCUGUAAUGAAUCCGCGCUGGACGACGAAAAUAUACGUCAUCAUCGAUAUCGGAUCCUUCGUAUGUCAGAUCAUGGGGUCGGCGAUGCAAGCUUCCGGUGACCCAGACGGAGUGAAGACUGGAACCACCGUCGUGAUCGCAGGACUGGGUACGCAAUUGGUCGCUUUCGCCUUCUUCAUCCUAAUGGCAGUCGUGUUUCAUCGGAGGCUGAACAACGAGCCUACCAGCACGUCACGUCGAACACAUGUCAAGUGGCGCCGCUACAUGUGGGCUUUGUACAGUGUCAGUGUGCUUGUCGUUGUGCGGAGCAUUUUCCGGCUGGCGGAGUUUAUCGAAGGGCCAGAGAGUAAGGUGUAUCAGACAGAGGCGUACUUGUAUGUCUUCGAUGCGGCGCUCAUGUUCGCGGUGGUGGUUAUCAUGGCGGUCUUUCAUCCGGGGUUUCUGUUCAGAGUUGUUAGAAAAGCUGAGUUAAUGCCACUUAGUGAUGACGAGGGGAAUGGUAGCUAUUUACUGCGCGGAGAUGUAACAAAGCUAAGAGAUCUGUCAGAAAAUAUCGCCUCCAUCAUUGUCAGCAAACAGUCCAAGGAUCUCUCCAAGGCGGGAAUAACCGAUGUGUAUAUCAUGAGCCGCAACUUGAACACCACCGCAGUCAACGGUACCGCAGCCGGCGGUCCGGCGUAUCUCCGCAUCUUCUUCCAUAUCAACUACCAAUCGAUUACAGUUGUUAAAGCGAAGAUCGAGAACGGGAAGAAUGCGAUCGGUGCGCUUAUCGACGAGGUGGACAAGGUCAUCGAGAGCCUCAUGGAAGACUCAUAG